UGAUCCGUUGCUCCGGAUCCAUUGAGCGACCUGGCCCGGGCCAACACGAAGCAAAACGGAUUCGGUGGUCCGCCUCCCCCUGUCAGACACCUUGAAACGAUUAUUGUCGUUUUCCCGAUUUCUCGAGCACAAUUAGCAUAAUAACGUUAGUCCGUUCAAUUUCUCCGCGUCUGCCAGCUCCGGUGUUGGUCCGAGGACCGACAGACAGUCGGGCGCCAGGCUGGUCGUGGAGUGAGGAGGACCGCAGCCUUGCGUCAAAGCCAGCUAAAGCUAAACCGUGGUAGGGCAAGUCAGCAAGAAAGACGGGUAACAGCCACGUUACCUCCGGGUAGCUAGCCAGACGGCAGACAGGUUAUUUUUGGCACGGUUGCUGGCGUACACACGCUCCGUUGUAGUCGCGUGAACUAGCCCAACAUAUGUGCAAAAGCUGUCAGUGCGGUCGGUUUAAAUAACGUCACAGCUCAUUUAGACCCGGCAUUUGGGACAUAGUAUUUCCUCUUGCUCGCUAUCUGAAACGACCACACAUUUUGAAAUAUAGGUCAAACAUAGGGGAUUUCGGUUAUUUGCGCAACAUUUUGUUGAAUUGUAGAGGGGCCUCAUAGCACAACAUAUGAGGCCCAGUUGAAAAGAUGGACCUGCAUUUUUAUUCGGAUUUAACGGACGGUACUGGACAGCACGACGGUGAUCCAGAGUUCUUGGAUCCGCAGGCGUUCAAUGGAUUUGACACUGACAAUAAGUUCCCUGGAGGCAGUGACAACUACCUGUCAAUUUCUGGGUCUGGCCAUCCCUUCCUCUCCUCAUCAGAGUGUGCCACUAAACCCAUUGACCUCUUCAACCUCGCUGGAUCUGCUGGUGGAACGUUCCACACUCCCAGCCUUGGCGAUGAGGAAUUCGAAAUACCUCCCAUCUCCUUGGAUCCGGACUCGGCCCUCACCGUCUCGGAUGUGGUGUCUCAUUUCGGGGAGCUGUCGGACACCGGCCCCUCCAACAGCGUGGUGGUACCCGGGAACGCUGUGGUCGAAGGGGACGACCCCUCGUUCGCCUCCACUUUCGUUAACGCCCCCUCCCAGGGACUGGAGCACCUCAGUCUGGGAGUCAUCAACCAGUCAGGAGGAAGUGCUUUGUUGGGGUCGUCACUGGGAAUGGAUCUCGGUCAUCCCAUCGGCUCUCAGUUCAGCAGCUCGUCUCCAGUGACCAUCGACGUCCCGCUGGGUGACAUGAGCCAGGGCCUGCUGGGAUCCAACCAGCUGACCACUAUCGAUCAGUCAGAGCUCAGCGCGCAACUGGGGCUCGGCUUGGGAGGCGGGAACAUGUUGCAACACCCCCAGUCGCCCGAUAACCCUCUGUCGGCCACGGCGUCGCCCACCAGCUCCCUCCAGGAUGACGACAUGGAUGACUUUAGAAGAAGCGUCCUGGUGGAAUCUCCGGUCUCUCUUGCUGUCAUCUCCCUCGAUCCCUCCCUGUCCGACUCCCCACUCUCUGCCCCCCCCUCCAGCAUCUCUCCUGCUGUUGGGCGGAAAGGAGGAGCAGGAGGGAAGAAAGGGAAGAAAAAGAAAGACCCCAACGAACCUCAGAAACCUGUUUCGGCCUACGCUUUGUUCUUCAGGGACACGCAGGCAGCUAUUAAGGGACAAAACCCCAACGCUACUUUUGGAGAAGUGUCUAAGAUAGUGGCCUCCAUGUGGGACAGCCUUGGGGAGGAGCAGAAACAGAUUUACAAGAGGAAAAACGAAGCGUCAAAGAAGGAUUACUUGAAGGCGCUGGCAGAGUACAGAGCCGGCCAGAUUAUUGAACAGAUGUCCACAGCCUCUAUUGAAGUCAUGGACACCUCCCCAUCGCCCCCAUCUCCCCCACCUCCAGCCCCUGCUCACGCUGCCACAGCCUCCACCCUAGCCGCUCGCACCACCAGGUCACAGCAUUACAACCCCGAGGAGAACACCAUCACUAACAUCUGUGCCUCCAACAUCAUCAUGGACCUGCCUCAGGUCACCACGCGCUCCCGCACCGGCGCCAUCAAACCCCAGCCUCCGCCCGCUCCCAGCCCGCCGAACCCCCCCACCGUCACAAAGAUCAUCAUCAAGCAGACGCAGCUGCCCUCCGGUGGUAUAUCGGUCACUGCGACGCCUGCCUCCUCGCCGCGCCAGCCGCCGCCGCUGCAGCAGAUGCAGAGCACCCCUUUUCUGCCCCGGCUGCAGCAGAUGGUGCACGCCCAGGCCCCUCCCCCACUGCAGGCCAAGCCACGAGCUGCUGUAGCAGCUGCCACAGCUCCACCUCCGCUGCAGAUCAAGGUCAUCCCAUCGCCGCGGCAGUCAGAUUCAAGCGUGCCAAUCAUUGUGACGUCAGCCGGUGAAACACCCACGUCAGUGAGCUCCUCUGGUCUGACGGUGGAGGUGGGCCAGUCGGCUGAUGUGGUGACGGGAGGAGAGGAAGUGGCGGAGGCAGAGGAAGGGAUGGAGGUUGAGGUGAGCGUUGCGCCUGUCCCGAGUGUGACUCCCACCGCCAGCCGUAACAUUUGUGUGCGCGCCGGCUGCACCAAGCCCGCUGUGGAGAGCAAAGACUGGGACAAGGAGUACUGUAGCAAUGAGUGUGUCGCCACACACUGCAGAGAUGUGUUCAUGGCCUGGUGCGCUAUCCGAGGGCAGAACUCCACCACCGUCACAUAGGGAAAGGACACAUCUGAUGUAGAAGGAGCGCUACACAGAGAGAAAAGGACAAAGACUAACACAUGAAAUGCAAAUGAACAUAGGAAUGAAUGAAUGACCUGGCUCCGGUAGCGCCAGAAUAAUGGUUUGUAUUGUCAUCUUGAUGAGUACAAAGACAAGAGAGUCGCAGGUUUGAAGAUUUAAAAAAAAUAUAAAAAUAAAAUCACUACAAUGUACUUUUCUAUGGUCGACGCGUUCACUCUGCACAAGUGGCUCUCCAGCAGCGAAAUAACUAAAUUAUUUGGAAAUCCUCCAGUGGAAAUGACAUCUCACAAUGAGGACAAAUGGAUGAACACUCAAGAAAAUGCAGAAGAAGAAAAUUCCAAGGAUCAUCUAGUGUGAAUCUGAAAUAUAGACUUGAUUAAAAAAAGACAGAAAAAGAUCAUUUUAUAUUGAAUUAUGGUGUUUUUAAUUGUUUUGAAAAGAAGAAAAAAGUGCAGGAUGAAAAUCAUGACUCGAGUUUAUUUUUAUUAAUUUAUAUAAUUCCAAAUGAUGUGUGUACACUCUUCCCUUUACUGUUACAUUGAAGAUUGAUUGAUUUGAAUGAAAUCUUAAGAAGCAAUUUUUGUUUAAUUGUUCUUCGGUAAUGUGCGGGUGCUUUGGUGUGGAGGGGGUCAGUGGCUACUUCAGAGAUUUAACGUACAAACAAUCAACAACUGGGCAAAGCACAAACAAUCUUAAACAGUUUGGAGUUCUAGAAGUGGCCAAAAUGUUUUUAAGAAGCCAUUUUGAGACAUCUUGGUAAUGAAUCGGCCACCAGCCAAAUGCAGGUUUAUAAGACACCUUGGGGGGGGGGGGGGGUGAUGAUGAUCUACCAUCACGCAAAGGUUUUUACUCAAACUUUCAGAACAGGUGCUAAAAUAACGAACUCUAACGUUGUCUUUCUCCUCUCCUGCUAUGAUACCCCACAACAUGAGAACUUUUCAAAUACGUGGUGCAAAUUUAGUUUUAUGAAGAACAUUUGUGGGCAAAUUUGGUGAAAAGAAUGUAAUGGAAUAAACCAACCAGCCCUGACAGCACUACUGUAAGGGAAAAGGGAAUACACCAUGUAAAGCUUUACUUUUUGCGUAACUGUAUUUCAUUUAAGAACAUUGCUUUCAGGUCUGUUUAAUGUUUGAGGAAGGGAAUGGUUUUUUUCCCCAAAAAAAGUUCCCAAUCAAAUGAAAUUAUGCUGUGACCUGGCCUGAUUUAUUCUAGAUAUCCUGGAAAUGUUUUUAACGGUGAAAUAAAAAUAUUUUAUGUUUUAUUAUA